AUGCUCGCCCAAGAGGAUAGCGGCCUUUUCCAGCUACCGAUUGAGAUCCGCAACCGGAUCUUUGAGUAUGCUCUCGAGGAAGACGAUGAUCUGCUCCAGCCGUUUGGUCACGACCGCCUCUAUUUCAGACCAGACCGUCGGUGCCCACAGGUGAUUCAGCUCUUUUUCCUUCGAGCCUGUAAGAGAGCAUAUCAAGAGACGAGAGCUAUGCCGGUAUCGCUUGCCGAUCAUACAAUUUGGCUGGCUGGAGGCCCUUAUCGUCUGCUACCGAACAGCAGGGGAGCCACAGGCAAAAUGUUGGCGUGGCAAGAGAGCCUGAACCGUGAACAGAGAGCGGCGGUGCGGCGAAUCCGGCUUUACACCGAGUCACUCAAACUUCAUGAGCUGCCGUUGGUGUCGGACCUCCACGCCGGGCAAGUCAGCUUGGUUGUACGAGCGUCAAGAGCAUCGGCAUUUGCGCCGCACAUGUGGUCUUACUGUCCGCAGUUCUUCGCACUCUGCCCAUGGUUGCCAGGCUACUGUUUCCCAGAAAUGAUGAGCGCUCAACCGCAAGAACCAGACAUGUCCUUCCUUCGAUCUAAGAUGGACGAAACGACUUGGGGUGGCCGAAUCAGUCAGAUCGAGGGCUUGGAAAAGUUCAGAUUGGAGUUGGAGGCCCCCGAACAUCUGAAGGACGACUUUGAAGCCGUGCUAGCGAGGGCCAAGUACUGGAGGUUCCCAAUCUCUGGGAGCUUUGACGCGCUUCUGCCCACAGGUGAGGUGCGAAGAUGGUCGUGGAAAGGAUACGCAGAACCAAGGGCGGACCAUGAAGCCUCUUUGACAGACGAGGCAGUGGCUUUGCUACCUCAGACGACCUACAUGGUGGCUGAGAUAAGCUGGAUAAAGUACAAAGACGGAGUGGCGGACUACAUUUAG